GAAGAGAGACAGAGGAGAGGAGAGGAGAGGAGGAGGACUGAUAUCUGCUGCUGAAAGCCUGUUUAAGCUUCUGGAAGCUUCAGGAAGAUGCUCUCUGGAAUCUAACACCAAAGCUGGGAGAUCAUGCUGACUUUCGAUGAGCCCCCCUCCACCCAGACCAGCAGCCCCUUCAGGAACAGCUGGGCCACCAACCAAUUAAAUGUCAAAUGUGUUAAAGCAGAGCCCUGCAGAGCCCUGGAGGACACGUUAGAGUCCCGGGGAGAGGAGGAGGAGAGGCACGGUGGCGAGGAGGACGAAGAGGAACAAGGUGUGAGGAGAAGGGGGUCUCAUAAGAAGAAGUUUAGCCAGGCACGGCUGGACCGGGUCCGACUGCGGCGCAUUGAAGCAAAUACGCGGGAAAGAAACCGCAUGCACAGCCUGAACAGCGAGCUGGACAGCCUCAGGAAAGUAGUUCCGUGCUACUCCAACACGCAGAAACUCUCCAAAAUAGAUACACUCCGCCUUGCUAAGAACUACAUCUGGGCCCUGAGUGAGACUCUGAGCAUUGGGAAAAGGCCGGACCUACUCACCUUCGUGCAGACUCUGUGCAAGGGUCUCUCCCAGCCCACCACUAACCUGGUGGCCGGCUGUCUGCAGCUGAACGCCCGCAGCUUCGUCUCGGAGCCCGGCGGGGAGGCUUUCCCCUUGUACCCGGGGUCCUAUAACCACCCCCGCGGGCCUGACGCGGUGGGCUCCGGCUCGGCGGACAGGCCUCCCCGGUCUUUCUGCGGCCCUGCCCUGUAUGACAGCCCCUCUCCGGACAGCCCCCCCGAUGCAGGGGCACUCAGCCCUCCUAUGAACUUCAACGGGAUCUUCUCCCUGAAACACGAGGAGCCCGGGGACUACCGGAGCUGCCACUACGGCCUCCGGUACUGCUCCAUCGGCCAGGGCUCCUCUGCGGACCCGUAUGACAUCCACCUCCGGGGCCAGUUUUACCAGGUGCAGGAGGACUUAAAUAAACCUUUCCAUAAUUAAUAACGAUAGAGAUGUUGACUAAAAACAUUUAGAAAUGAUAUUUUUGGGGGGCGUGCCUAUUUUUGCUGCCUCCUGUUGAACGAUAGUCAAUUAAUCUUAUUUAAUCUAAUUAAAUGUUCGUUGUCUGGGGAUAGCUGUGGCACACACACACACACACACACACACACACACACACACACACACACACA